AUGUCGGCGUCUUCUUCACCACCCCCACCACCAUCUUCAACAUGGAAUACUUCGAAUAAAACACCUUCGUAUUCAGAUAUUCUUGCAACAUCACCAUCGUCUCUCUCAUCAGUAUCAACGUCAUCAUCAUGUUCUAGUCCUGAUCUACAGCAAAAAGAAUAUGUCUUACUGAACAAUAAAUCACGUCGGAAAAAACGGGCUUUCAUCCCAGAUGAGAAAAAAGAUCCAGUCUAUUGGUGUCAACGAUCGAAGAACAAUCUGUCAGCGAAACGCUCACGCGUUAAACGGCGAAUGAAUGACUUAGUUCUGGAAACAAAACUAACACAAUUAAGCACUGAAAAUCAGAUCCUGAAAGCCAAAAUUGAUAUGUUAGCAAGAAAAUUUGGCCACUUAUCCAAUACGGACGAUGAAGAGAAACUUCCUGAACAAAGAUCAAGUCCUGCACAAGUACAAAGUCUUCUCGAGCAGUCAUCACAAGCGAAUCUCCCAGAAGAAGAAUCACUGCUGGAUAAAACAACAACAGUACCAGCACCGAUGCCAAUCAAAUGGCGUUUUAAAUUAUUCAACAUGACCUCGAAUUCGUGA